AUGCCUGCCCCCUCUGGCGUGAAGCGCGUCCGCGGCGUCCAGAUCCACCGGCCCUUCAUCUACGGCACCGAAGCCAUCCCCUUCGACCCAGACAACCGCCCCAAAGACGCGCCCCCGGACCACACGCACAAGUGGAAAGUCUUCGUGCGCGGGAUCAACAACGAGGACAUCUCAUACUGGCUGCGCAAAGUGCAGUUCAAACUCCACGACACAUACCCUAACAGUGUGCGCAUGAUUGAGAGCCCACCCUAUGAAGUCGAAGAGACAGGGUGGGGCGAGUUCGAGAUUGCCAUCAAGUUCUACUUUGCGCCGGAGAGCACAGAGAAGCCGCAGCAGAUCUGGCAUGGGUUGAAAUUGCAUCCUUAUUACGGGGAUAUCGAGGCGCAAAAGAGGGACCGCAGCAUGAUCAGCAGCGUUUGCUACGAGGAGGUCCUGUUCAAUGAGCCAGUGGAGGCGUUCUACGAUAUCUUGACGGGAGGGACACAGGUGAUCAAGUCGAAGGCAGGCAAGGGAGGGAAAGGGAUGGUCAAGGCUCCUCCGACGGCCGAGAUCCCCUUGAGGAGUUCUGCGGGCAACAAGUUCAGCCGCGAGGAGGAGAGUAAAGAGCUCGAUCGUCUGGGGGAGGCUGUCAAGCAGGUGCAGAGGCUGAUCGCGGAGGAAAAGGCCAAACUCACAAAGGAGGAGGCGAGGCUGCAAGAACUGGAAAAGACCGAGGGAAAGCCGAUCAAAAAGAAAUGA